AGGUAUGUCGUUCACUGAUAUCCGGAAUGUGCAUGUCAAAGGACACAUCAUCAUUUGUACCGACAAAGCUGGGUCAUCUGACAAAUUUCUUACUUGCGGUACCGAAGGAGCAGUCUACGUUUGGGAUGAGAAGACCGUUAACGAGAGAGAAAGUAUCGACAUCAAAAGUGUCGCUGACAGUACUCACAGUGCUUGUGCAUGGCAUGGCGAAAAUGUCUUUGUUGGUAUGACAACAACUGAUCUGCUGACAGGCGUCGACAAAAAGAUAGUUGGGCAGUGCACAAUGAAAGAUCUCGAGUCAUGCAGGCAGUUGUUUACUUUCUCGUUGGAAGUAACAGCGGUGGAUGCUAGUGAGAAUUAUGUGGUCGCAGGAGGGAGUGAUUUUACCGUGAAGAAGAUAAACUUGAAAACACAUGAGCAGUAUGACAGAAUUGAUACUAAUGGAGAGAUUCUUUGUGUGGCAAUCGACCCUAAUGAGCAGGUCUAUGCAGUGGCCUGUUGCGAUGGCACUGUCAGCAUCUACAAUUUGCUAAACAAUGAGAAGCUUGCGCUGCACGAGCAUAUGUUUUCUGCCUUUGGUGAUCUAAAUGUUGAAUCUCCUCGUCACGCAAUGUCAUGGUCCAAAGAUGGAAACGAACUCUACGUUCCAUCUCAGGGAAGCGUGAAAGUAAUCAAGCGUGAUGACUGGAAACUGGCAACUGAUAGUUUCAAAUGUGAUGGCACUGCCACGGAUACUUUUUCUUCCUCAUGUAUCUCAAAAGAUGGACAUUAUCUAUGCGCUUCAACCAUGUCGAAUAAGUUGUUAGUGUGGAAGAUAGAAAACCGGUCUGUGGUGGCUCAGUACGAUUACAAGAGGAAGGAUAAGAAAACUACCGUAUCGUGCGUGAAGUUUUCUCCAUUCAACGAGCAAGAUAUUCUCGUCGCUGAUGUUGAUGAAGGCUUCUGUGUGCUAAAAGAUGCCAUUCCCAAAAUCUCUGCACCAGUUCCUCAGGAAACAACGAGAGCUGAAAGCUCCAACGAUCAUGAAAACGAUUCUGAAAGCGAAGAGGAUGAUGAUGAUGAUGAAGUCCGUGUGAACCGUACCAAGAGGGGAUUCUUGGACGAUGAGGCCGAAGACGAUAAUGACACCAGAAUGUCUGUCGACAUCGGCGAAAUCAAGAAAAAAUAUGGAUUUGGAGACGACACUACUGGAAAGCUCGAAGACUUCGGAUUUACCGUUUCUGAUGAAGCUCCGCAUGCAUCUACUAAAGAUAUCAUCCCAAGCAGCUCUUAUGCUGCUCCACCACCUCCGGAAGUGAUUGCUUAUGAACCUCCAACAAUCCCAUCGUUCUUUGUUUCUGGUGCCUCACCUGACCAUUUGACACAGAGAUAUUUGAAAUGGAAUUCAUACGGAAUUGUACGUACUUAUUCAGGCGAAGAUGGAAGUAGUAUAGAGAUUUCUUUCCAUGAUGUUUCCAUACAUCCAACGAUUGUACUGGACAAUGGCGUGACAGAGUAUGUGCUGGCAGAUAUCUCUGACCAAGCUGUCGCUUUAGCUAGUAAAGCGGAAGAAAAGGGAGAUCAAAGUGAACUGCUGGUGAUACAUGUUUCAUCGUGGGAUAGCGAAUCUAGGCGCUGGACUGCCAAGCUACCAACAAAAGAGAGUGCUUUGGAUGUUUUGGUAUCACAAGAGCUGGUAUUUCUAGCCACAGAAAAGCGGAAUAUACGGGUAUUUAGCCUUGCUGGUACUCAACGUCAUAUUAUCUCUCAUCCAAGUCCUAUUUUCACAACUGCAUGCUUUGGAAGUAAUAUUGCUGUUUGUUCCAUAUCGGGAGGUGAUUACUAUGAGAAGGGAAAACAUUACGAAAAGCCGAAUUUUCAGCAUUCCGUUACCAUAUACAACGUAGACAGCAGGCAGUGGUACCGUAAGAAAAACGCAGUAAACUCCGUAGACGUUCCCGUGGCUAAGAGGGAGCAUUUAGUGUGGUUGGCUUUCACGAACCAUGGUCAGCUUGUUUCUAUGGACAGUUCAUAUACCAUACGUCUACUGUCACCCUCAGGAUUUUGGCUUCCCAUUUUCGAUGGCAGCCAUGAGAUUGCGGGUAAAUCAGAUGCUAUUUGGCCUAUAGCUGUGACGGAGGGGCGUCAAAGACAGAUCAGAUACUUGUACUGCAAGGGCAGCAAAUAUCCACUGAUUGCCGUCAAGAUGGCUCCUCUUAUCACAACCUGGACAUUACCUUACUGUGCUCCGGAGUCGGAUAAGUCGAAGCUGGAGCAAGAUCUUUUCCUGAAUGAGCUGCAACAGAGCGAAACGAGUAGCAGAUCUACUUCUGAGCUGAUGGAGCUUGCAUCGGGUCAUCUUCAGUGCCUUGUCAAACUCUUUGCAUUAGCAUGCAAAAGCGAAAGAGAUGGCAGGGCAGCAGAACUUGCUGGAAUGGUGACAUCUGCCAAAGGCAUUCAAACGAUGUGCAAUUACGCUGCGAAGCUGAAAAAAUCCACAUUGGCUGACAAAGUUGCUGCAAAAGGAAGGGAGAACUUGGCGUCCCACGAGAUUUCUACACCUUCUUCUUCGUUACAUCAUGAUAUCGAUGAAGAUCCAGCUCCAAGACGAAUGUCAAUCAAGAGAAGAGCCACAGCUUCUACAGUAGUGCAGCAACCGCUCUUUAUGGAAGACGACGAUGUUACACCGACUGUUCCGACAACAAUUGAAGAUGAUGUGCCUGAGACACAACCUCCACAAUCCGUGAGCCAAGCUGAUAGUUUGCUGAACGAUAGUACCAUUGUUCCGCUUCCAAAAAUGACUCGGAAUCCCUUCAGGAAAUCUCCCAAAGCAUCUCUCGACACCUCGUCAGUUUUUGACAGUGAUAGCUCUUUCAUUGGUACGGGUAAAAAGCGCGCUGCAGAGGAAGAGACACCUAAGCCAACAGCAACAAAACAGAUGAAGCUUUCAUUUGGAUCAGCUUCAGCAAAGGGGAAAGAGAACGGAAAAACGGCUUACUCAUUGUGGUUGGAAAGUCAAGAAGAGACAUUACGCAGUACAUUUAGUGGAAGUCCUGAGGACUUCAUGAAAUUUUGUACGCAACAGUUUAGGAUGCUUCCACCGGCAGAAAAGAAGGAGUGGAAAAGCCGUGCGGAGUCGAGCAAUUGAUAGCUUUCACCCCCUGACGUCAUAGAUUCAUUUUCUACUGAUUAUUCUACUGUACUUGACAAAUUUUUCGUCACUUCCGUUGGCAUUCCAGUCCCGUAUCUCACUCACUGCCAUUGUUUCCACACCUCUUAUGCACCUCAAUCGCGAAGUGUAUUCCAUUAAGGAAUCUGAAUGAGGACGUCGGCUAGCUUUCUAUAAUCCCAAUUAUUUUGACCAUCGACGCGUGUUAAUAAUUGUCGGCUGGAACGACCAUCCCACUGCGACCGACCCUACUGUGGUGAACUGACCCCCCACGUGGUCUCUCUUAUGUCAGAUUAACCAACAACCUCAAUUCGACGCUGUGUCAGCAAAGCGGAAACUUUUAUUAUUUUUCACCCUGGACCAAUGCUGAUAUAUUCUACUAUUGUCUUGUACUUCUCAU